AUGGCCUUUGCCAUGGGCUGGCGCAAGCCAGACAAUGUCGCCGGGUCCUCCGCUCCCGCCAUCAUGAUCGGCAUCUUCGUCGCCUCCGGAGGUCUGCUGUUUGGAUACGAUACAGGUACCAUCAACGGCAUCCUCGCCAUGGGCGCUUUCAAGGAACAAUUCUCGACCGGAUACGUCCGCAAUGGACAACCCUCCAUCUCCCCGAAUGAGACUGCCAUCAUCGUUGCCAUUCUAAGUGCUGGAACCCUCGUCGGUGCCUUGAUUGCCGCCCCCGUAGGUGACCACUGGGGUCGGCGCAAGUCUUUGAUCGGUGCUGUCACUGCUUUCAACUUCGGCGUCAUAUUCCAGGUCUGCGCCAAGGCUAUACCUAUGCUCCUGGCCGGAAGGUUUUUCGCCGGUGUUGGUGUUGGAACCAUCUCCGUACUUGUCCCCAUAUACCAGGCCGAGAUGGCCCCGAAAUGGAUACGAGGAACCCUAGUUUGCUUUUAUCAACUCUCCAUCACCAUUGGACUGCUUACAGCCUCCAUCGUCAACAUGCUCACCGCCCAGAUGGAAGGGGCUGCUGCGUACCAGAUCCCUCUGGGUCUUCAGUUCACCUGGGCCGUUGUGCUGUCGCUGGGUCUCCUGGUCCUACCCGAAACGCCUCGCUAUCUCAUUAAGCGAGGACUAAAAGACGCCGCCGCCGUUUCUCUCAGUCGACUACGACGACUAGACCGCCUCCACCCCGCGCUACUCGAGGAGCUGGCAGAGAUCGAGGCGAACCACGAAUACGAACUAGCCCUGGGACCAGCUACGUACAAGGACAUCAUAUUCGGCACACCACACCUUGGACGACGGACGUUAACGGGAUGCGGCCUCCAGAUGCUGCAACAGUUGACUGGCGUCAACUUCAUCAUGUACUAUGGAACCACCUUCUUUGUCGGUGCCGGUAUUCAAAACGCAUUUCUCAUCUCCCUGAUCAUCAACAUUGUCAACACUUUCUCCACGAUUCCAGCCUUAUUCGUUAUCGAAGCUUGGGGUCGUCGAAAGGUCCUGAUAUACGGCGCUGUUGCUAUGGCUAUAUGCCAGCUGCUCAUUGCUAGUUUCUCUGCAGCCGUCGGAAAAUCGAUGCCCACGACUGCCAACCAGAUUCUCAUCAUCUUCCUUUGCAUCGACAUAUUCUUCUUUGCCGCUACAUGGGGGCCCGUGGCCUGGGUCAUCACAUCCGAAAUAUAUCCCUUAAAAGUGCGAGCAAAGUCCAUGUCGAUAUCCACAGCCUCAAAUUGGCUCUUAAACUUUGGCAUCUCGUACGGAAGUCCAUAUAUGGUAGAGGAGGGUGCCGGUUACGCCGACAUGGGCACCCGGGUGUUCUUCGUGUGGGGGGCAUUUUGUGCUGUCGCGGCCGUCUUCGUCUGGGCCAUGGUCUACGAGACGAGCAAGAUCAGCCUUGAGCAAAUUGACGAGAUGUACGAAAGGGUGGCAUUCGCAUGGCAGAGCGCACACUUCGAGCCGAGCUGGAGCUUCCAGCAGAUGCGCGACCUUGGCUACAGCGACAGCGGAUUGCCGGCGCAAGAGCAGGAGCUGGAACCAACGACAACGCACCAGUCAGACUCAGUGUCGAGUAGCUCGGUGUCUGGUGUCAAUUCGGCCAAUGCGGACGAGAACAAGGCAGUCACACAGAUGGGCCACGUUGAUUUCAGCUACUAA